AUAGCCGGAGGCUGGAGAGCAGAUAUCCGAGGAGCAGAAUGCUCAAAAAGGCGGCCUCUCCGGCGAACCCUUCACAGAUGUGCUCUACAAGAGCUACGGAUCGGUUGUACUUGCCUUUUAAAUCGUUCUCAAUCGGUUCAAUACCAUUCGUUUUUGAAGUGAUUGAAAUAAAAUAUUUAAAAAUUCUGAAAUUCUUAUUUGGUGAUAUAAAGAUUGUGUAAUAAUGCCACGCAAGAAGAGAUCGCAAAGCCCAUUGGAUUUUUAUGAUGAUGAAUUGGAUGAGGAUUCUCAAGGAUCCCAGCCGCCGGUGCAGCGGAAUGCAGCGAAUGCCCGGGAACGAAUGCGGAUGCGAGUAUUAUCCAGUGCUUAUGGACGCCUAAAAACCAAGUUGCCCAACAUUCCGCCGGACACGAAGCUCUCCAAGUUGGAUACGUUGCGUUUGGCCACUUUAUAUAUAAAACAGCUAAUCACUGCGGUGGAAACUGGCAGCAAUGGCAGCCACUCCCACAAUCACAGCCAAAACCAUAGUCACAACCACAGCCAUUCGAGCACCACCAGUUCUGAAGGAUUGGACACGAGUCACAUGGCAGACGCCUCCGGAGGAGCCAAUUUCCAUUUUCACAACAACGGCCAUGGCAGCAUGAGCUGGCCCUUUGAGUUCCAUCAGAGCAAUCGCAGCCUGGCGUUUCCACCGUCCACCACAUCCUCUCGCAUGGAGUGGCAGACUUUACACGCCCAACCGUAUCAAAAAUCCACACGCAGUGAAUCCCAUAUCCCGGCGGAUCUCAGUUACCAUCAGUUGCCGGACUCCUCACACAGUCACUGGUAUACGGCGGAAAUGCAUCAAAUGGAGCAGGCAAAUAGUUGCUCCUACGAUAACUCACUCGGACAGCAUCAGCGUGGCAUUGCAAUAGCAACUAGCCAGUCGCAUGGAUUAUAAUUUACCAUUUCCGAAGCCAAAUGUAAUUUCCCGCCUAAUAAUUGUAUUAAAACGUGAUUUAAUUUUACGUGUGUGUGAAAGAUUAAACCUAUUAUCAUAAGACCAAAGAUUGGUGUUACCUCGAGAUCUAUUAGCAAAUAUAUGAAUGUUUUUAAAUAACGGUAACUCUUAUUUUAUUUAAAUAACCCGCCAUUGACUCCCGGGUAUGCAGCCCUGGACACAUUCGGCCUUGAUAUUUGACAACUCUAGCAAUCAGCUGGUUUCGUCCCACACCCAAAAUAAACAUAAAAAACUAGUCGUGGAUUAGAUGCCCUUUGUGUUUCCCUAUUUAUCUUUAAAAUUGAUGAAUUCAGUUUUAAAUGAUUGAAAGUUUUAUUUUGAAUAGUUUCAACCUUCUCAGCAUCUUGAAGAACUUCGAGCUGUAGGGUAUUGCUUUUGUGAUGUAGUAAUAAAAUAUAUCCCCAACAACAAUCGCUGAAGAAUGAUAAUUGCGCUGGCGAUUAUUUCAACACAAAAGCAUAUUACAAGUGUAUACAUUCACUGGACAGGAGGUUAAAGUUCGGAUUUGAGGACUGGCCACCGCGAUUAGAUUCCGAAUUCGCUCGGAUCCGAUCAGUGGAGCUAAUCUGGAUUGAGUUUGGUUCGGAAGCAAAGCAAAACAAGCCACCCAAUUGCCCGAUGCCACUGCGAGCACUUUGCUUUCCCUCGACCGAGCAACCAGUCAGUACGCAAUAUUCCAGCAAGACGGACGCCUAGCUGCGGAUCGCCAGAACCAGUUUGACGUGUGUUGAUUACUACUGCAGCAGCCAAAAUGCCAGCCAAGGAAGUGAAUCCC